AUGCUGGAGGAAUCUCGGGGUUUCUGGAAGGAUUUGGCGGUCCUGGUGAGGAGCGUAGGGAGGCAGGUUCCAGCGGACUGGGUGAUGAAGGAGGUUCGCCGUGCUCUGAAGCUCGACUACGAUCCGGAGUGCUUUACAAUGAUGGAUGGGUACAUGACUCUCCGCUUGGCCUGCGAGGACCAUCGGGAGGCGGCGGUGAAGUUUGGUCCAUGGAUGGUGGCUGGACAGGUUCAUGCUAUGGAACGAUGGCGCCCAAAUUUCAUUCCCGGCAGGGAUGACAUCGGCAGAGGUGUUGUUUGGUUGAGGCUGCCCCGGCUCCCUCUGGAGUUUUGGAGGACGCCGAUUAUUCUACAAUUGGCAGCGAAGGCCGGGAAGCCGCUGGAGGUGGAUUCAUUCACGGAUCAGAGGAAGAAGAUGGGCUUUGCUAGAGUGAAGAUCGAAUUGGAUCUCAAGGAGCCGUUGCGCCCUGGAUUAUUUGUGAAAGGGAGAAAGGAUGGAUCGGAGAUAAAGUUCUGGCAGGAUUUCCUUUACGAAAACUUGCCUUCCCUAUGUUACAAGUGUGGCCGUGUGGGACACUAUGAGGAUAAAUGCAGUUGGAACUCUCCGGCAGCGAGGGAACCGGAACCGGUGGAGACUUUGGGGGUUGCGGCGACGGAGGAGGGGCGCAACCCUAUGGAUACCUCGGGUAAAAGGGAGGCAAAGGGGAAGGGAACCAUGGGGGCUCCGCCAUUUGGCCCGUGGCUGGUCACCCAUAAAAUCCGCCCUCCCCGGCCGGCAAAUGGAGGGAAUAGGUCGAAGAAGAUACCUGAGUCCGGUGGUGGUGGGUCGAACCCGACUGUGCUGCCGGCGCGUUCGAAGUUGAGCCCAGCGGCAAAGGGAUCGGGUGUGGCAAGUCCUUCGGUGGUCCAUGGCGGAUGGCAGAAAUCGACUAAAUUUGCCCAUCGGAAGACGCCGGAGAGCUUCCAAGCAGGUCCUUCCUCGACGGCCCCGUCCGGUGGAGGGGGCCACCCCGGGGGGGCUACGGUGUCUCAGGCCGGGGUGAGCCAGCGAGCUGACCCAACCCAAACCAAUCAGACCGGGGGCUCUGAACCGGUCGGUCCGGCUGGUGAGCAGGCCAAUGGGCCAUAUCCAGAGCGGGCAAGCCAAAGCCCGAUUCGUGGGUGGGCUGGUGUCGAGCAAAGCCCGCAUCCGCCUGGGUUACAUGGUGCGGGCCCGAGCUCACUCAAACAAAACCGUAGCCCGACCUCAGGUAAGCUUGUGGUGGAUGAUCUGGUUUUGCUCAGAUCCAACGGUGGGGACACUCCGGCAGAGGAGAUGAGGCGUCUCGACAGCAAGGGUCGCCGACGAAGCCGUAGCUCGCCUCCGCCGACUACGCCGAAGGCUAAUCAGCCGACUGGAGCGGCGCCGCUGGCUGGGGCUGGACGAGAUGGUGAUCUGGCAACACCGAGACCGGUUCCUUGGCUCGUUUCUGCUGUGGAUUCGGUGCAGAUGGCAGCGGGUGGAGUGCAGUCGCCGGAGCUGGUGGGAGUCACGACUCGGGCCAAGGCGGGGGGAGACGACGUCGGCAGGGGGGAAGCCGGGGGAGCGAUGCCUUCGGCAACAGUGCCCGGUUUGAUCACCGUGGAUGAAGUGUGUCGUUUGGCACAGAGUAACAGUGUACAGGGUGUUUCAACUAACAGUGCACAGGGUGUCUCAACUAACAGUGCACAGGGGGAUUCAUCUCAUGUUCAAUUGCUUCUCCAAGUGAUGGCCUCAGUGCAGGGGAAGGCUGAGAAGGCAAGCAGGGAAGAUGGAUUGUCAGAUAAGGGUGGGUGCGGCCUAGAGGGAGAGGGUCGUGCCGUCAACUCCGAUGAUUUAUGA